AUUCGGAAUGGUCUUAACAAGACCUAUGUGAUCAGCUACUCUGCUCAAGAUGAUGUAACACGGAUGUUGCGAUCUCUUGGCCUAGUGCGGAGUCUGCUUGGUGUUCAAGUCGGCGCUAACGAAGAGAUCUUGUUAAAAAACUGUCUCUGGGACAUUAUGAACAACAGAAUAUUCUUCCAGCAUCCGGACCUUGCUCGCUGCCUUGCUGUGCACGAAACAGUGAUGCAGUUGAUGGUGCAUACACUUGCUAAGGCAGCGGUCGACCAGCCCUGUGGAUCCGCGACUGGUGGAUCCGGUGCUGUGCAGUCUGGUACAGGGUUGCCAGGAGAACCAGGCCAGGAGGGCAUGCUGACGGGAGCUGGCGGUCUUCCAGCCCUUAUGGAAGAAGCAACGCUAUACUUGAUUGAGAGAUUGAAGGAUAGAGUGUUGAUCCUCUAUUUAAAAGAAGAGGACUUAGCCUGUAAGCCUAGUGAUGGUUUUUACCUGAAGCGAGGAAGGAUUUCUCGUCGACCUGAACACCGUGUUAAAGCUAAGCGUCUGGAGUACAACGGGAAUCAGGCGUCGUCUUCUGGGAGCGUCCAUUCAGUCAGACUCUGA